AUGCGAGAGCAGACCUCUGCAGUCGCGCGUCCUCCCUCGGAAAAGCAUUCACCUCCACAUCUGCAGCCCCAGGUGCCGCCAGGCCCCGCGCCCGGCGGAGAAGGUCCCCCGCGCGUCCGAAAGGCAACAGGAAGCGCAACGCCUCUCCUCCCUGAGGGAUGCUCCCAAGCACGCCCCGAAGUCCCGGCUCGGCGGGGUCCCGGAGCCGCCAACCCUGUCCCGGCGGCUCUCACCCGCGUUUCGGGGCAGCGGAAACCGAGCUCUCCAAGGCAGGACCGCGCCGGGGCGCGCGAGAGGGCGCCCGACCGAGCCGCCGCGGGGCCGCGGUCCCCGACGCCGGCGCCCCUUCUGCUAGGCGCCUCGGUGGCAUCUGCACGCUCCUCCCUACGGGGCGCUGGCCGGGGGGCUGCCUGCCGGUCGGGGCCGAGGGGCCGUGUUGGCGGAGAAGCGGGGAGAACUGGCCGAGAGGGGCAGCCCGACCUGGCCCGCUGGACCUCCCGGAGGAAGGUGCGGGAGGGCGGGGCGCGGGCAGCUGGGCGGAGGACGCGUCCCAGGGCUGCGGCGGAGCCCGAGCUGCCGGCCCCCAGCGCAGCCGAAGGACCAGAGCGCUCUGAGAGGGCCUGGAGGCUGGAGGGAGACACUGUGCAACUGGAAGCUGCAAUGUCCAGACGGGUCCUCUCUCCAACCCAAGUCAACGCUACAACUGCGGAGACGUUCACUGUGCUACAGCAAAGGAUGAGAAUCGUGGAGGAGCAGACCAGUUCUCUGAGGGAAGACCUCCUAAUGCUAGACAUUUGCGAGGGAAGAGGCCAACUGGAAGCUCCAAACUCGGCAGAACACCUUCUGAGCCAGAAAGCCAUUCCUGGCCCUGUCCCAACUGAGCAAGUUUAUGAAAGAAAACCAGAUAUGGUAUGGGAGAACUGUGAGUUUUUGGUAAGCCGCAUGUGCCGUCUGGAAAGCCUCAUCCAGUCCUUGAAGAUGAACAUCUUCCGCCUGCAAACUGAAAAGGAUUUAAAUCCAGAGAAAACAGCCUUUCUGAAGGACCGGCUGAAUUCAAUCCAGGAGGAGCAUUCCAAGGACCUGAAGCUGCUGCAUCUUGAAGUUAUGAAUCUGCGUGAGCAACUGAAACUUGUGCGAGAGGAAGAAGACAAGGCGCAGGAUGAAGUGCAGCGGUUGACCGCCACGCUGGAGGUGGCCUCGGAGAGCAAGAAGAGCGCAGCUGUUAUUGAGGAGGAACUGAAGACCACCAAACGGAACAUGAACCUUAGAAAUCAGGAGCUAAGGAGACAACUGUCCCGGGAGAAGCACCUCAGGGCGUCUCUUGAGGAAUCUGCCUCGUCCAUGCUUCUCAAAGUACAAGAAAUGGAAGCCAAAGUGGAGACAGAGCGGAAACAGGUACACCUUUUGCAGAAAAACUGUACUGCCUUACGAAAUUCUACACAGACGACCCAGGCUCUAUUGGUCCAGGAGCAGCAGCAGAAGGAAGAGCUGAGAGCUGCUACCUCGCAGCUCAAGUGUGAUCUCGUUUCUAGAGAUGAUCUCAUAGUCAAGUUGGUUGAUGAAAAUAAGACAUUACAGGUGUUUUUCGACAAGGAACAUGAAGAAAAUGGGUAUUUGAGAUCUGAAAUAAUCUCCCUUCAAGAAUCAUCAGAAAAAGCACGGGUUUUGAACGACCAACUGAGCAGUAAGUGUUCAGAGCUGAGCAGCAUGCUGCAGACCACUGGUAUGGAGAAGGCCCGGAUCCUGGCCGACUACCAAGCCAUUCUCCAGGAAAAACAGAAAACGAUAGCACAGGCAGUUCAAGAACAGACUUUAGUGCUGGAUGCUGCUCACGCCAGUCUCACAAGUGAACUACAGACUGCUCAGAAUGAGAAAGCCCAACUCCAGGCACGUCUGGACCACUUAGUCCAUGAGCACAACCAGUGUGUCCAGAAAGCACAGGUGGCAGAGAAGAAGACAGCUAUGCACAAAGAGCUGCUGGAAUCCACCAUCAUGAGACUGCGUGGGGAACUGGAAGCCUCCACACAAGAGAGGAAGUCUCUGCUGGAAGAGAAAGAAAGGCUUCAGAGUGAGGUUAAGAAGACAGAGAAAGACAUAGCUCAAGAAAAAUCCAAAUUGGAAAUGGAAUUAGCUAAAAACAAGAUUGACAUAAAUGCACUAACCCAUAAGCUGCAGACGCGAGAAGACGAGAAUAAGCAGCUGUCAGAUCAAAUUGCUUGCCUGGAACAUAAUCGAGUCACGUCUGAUUUCCAUGGGCUUGCCCAGCAGCAAGUGGAAAAGGCCUUGGGAAAAAUUACUAAUAGUAAAAAUAAACUUGCCUAUGACAAGGGAAAACUCCAGGCCAAAGUUAAACAGCUUGAAGAACAACUACGCUGCCUUACUGACACAAGGGUGCAGAACGACCACCUGCGCAUGCUGAAUAAGACUCUAGAGACCAAGUAUGCUCAGACAAACUCAGAACUCAGUGCCAACAAAGUACACCUGCAACAGACAGAAGCUCGUCUGAAAGAGGUGAAAACCAUUCUCGAAAAGAACGAAGAAGAGCUGUGUCUAGCAGUGAGGUGCCGGGAUGCAGCCCUGAAAGAGAGCCAGAAGUUGAAGGGGGAUCUCGAAGCUCUGGAGGAAAGGGAGAACAAGAAGGUGGGAAACUUUCAGCGACAAUUAGCAGAGGCUAAGGAAGACAACUGCAAAGUCACGAUCAUGUUGGAGAAUGUGCUGGCCUCUCACAGUAAGAUGCAAGGCGCCCUGGAGAAAGUACAAAUAGAGCUUGGGCGGAGGGAUUCAGAGAUUGCAGGCCUCAAGAAAGAAAGGGCUCUAAAUUACCAGAGGGUGCAGAAGCUGGAAGCAGAAGUGGACCAGUGGCAGGCCAGGAUGCUGGUGGUGGAUGCCCAGCACAACAAUGAGAUGGAACCGCUACAGAAAGCCAUAGAUAUAGCUAGAGAAGACAACAGGAAGCUGGCGAUGAGCCUGGAGCAGGCGCUGCAGACGAACAGCCAUCUGCAAUCAAAGCUGGAUGAUGUCCAGGAGAAACUGGAAAGCAAGGAGCUUGAACAACAGAAGUUGGAAAGCUUUAAGGAACGGAUAGUGGAGGAGUCCAAAAUGGAGGCUGAAGUCCACGCCGAGCGCAUAGAAGCUCUGAAAAAACAGUUUCAAACCGAGAGAGACACGGCAAAGAAAGCGGCGCACCGGGAAACCACGGAGCUGAAGAAAGCCCUGGACGAAGCCAACUUCAGGUCAGUGGAAGUGUCCCGCACCAACCGGGAGCUGCGGCAGAAACUAACGGAGCUGGAGAAAACCCUCAACAGCAACAAGGAAAAAAUCAAGAACCAAAAGGCCCAGAUUAAGCUGCACUUGUCAGCCAAGGCGAACAAUGCUCAGAACGUAGAGAGGAUGAAGCAAAUAGAACAAGAACUGAGGCAAAUGGAGCUAAUUAAGGAUCAGUAUCAGAAAAAGAACUAUGAACAGUCUCUGAGUAUCCAGAGAUUCGUGUCCGAGAUGACCAACCUGCAGAACGAGAUGCAGCUGCUGGCCCGCAGCCAGUACGAUGCCUCUGCACGGAGUAAGCAGCAAGAGAUCCGGCUGGAGGCGGAGCGGAAGAUUAGGCAGGAGCUGGAGAAUCGGUGCCGGGAAUUAGAAGAAACUGUCAGACAUCUGAGGAAAUGUAAAGAGGCAACCGAGAAUAAACUGAAGGAAGCCAGUGUGGAAUCGGAACAGAUCACAGCUAACCUGGAAGAAGCUCACCGCUGGUUCAAGUGCCGAUUUGACGGGCUACAGCUUGAGCUGACAAAAAACCGGUUGCAGAGGCUUCCCCGAGAAGACAGGUGGCAGGAAGAGGAUGAGGACGUAAGGCACCACGCCAUGCCCAACCAGUCUGCUCUCCAUCGCUGGGAGACGAAACAGAAUCUCCGGAUCCUGUCUAAGAAGUGCCAUUCUGACAGUGAGCGGAAGUGAUGGCCCUCACGGAGGAGCAGCUCCGUUUCCAGCUCCGCCUCCAGGAGGCCACGAGCCCAACAGGGAGGGCUGGCCUGGGGCCACAGUCAGCGCCAUGUGAAGCCUGGAUACGGGCUGAGGAUUGUGGACCCGAGUUGUUCUUUUAUGAACUCCUAUCAGAGCAGAACCACUCCGUCUUUUUUGUC